UCCCCAGCGGCGGCCCGCUGUGGUCACAGGUGGGCGGCGGCGGAGAGGGCGCGGCGGAGAACGGAGCCGGGGUCCCUGAGACUCCAGCCAUCGCGUCGGGAGCCCCGUGGAGCAGAGAUCGGCAGACGCGUCCGCGCCUCGGGAGGAGCCGACCCUUCUCCUCUCCGCCUCGGCCUCUUUGACUGCAGCCGCACCUCGGCCCGGGAGCGCAGCUCCGAGGGUGUUUCCACCCUCACCCUGGCUUCGGGCGGGGACAGCCCGGCCCUCCCCAGCCCGCACCCGCAGGUGGAAAUCAUGACCAAGAAGGGCAGUAUGAAGCCAGGAAAGAAAAACAAAGCGGAAGAACCUGAACUGGAGCCCCUGUGCUGCUGCGAGUACCUAGAUCGAAAUGGGAAAAAGAACCACGUGGCUGCUUGUUUGUGUGAUUGCCAAGACCUGGAUGAAGGGUGUGAUAGAUGGAUCACGUGUAAGUCCGUGCAGCCCGAGACCUACGAAAGGAUCAUGGAUACGAUCUCUGACCGCCUCCGGAUUCCUUGGCUUAGGGGGGCCAGGAAAGUUAACAUUAGCCUCCUUCCCCCACUCUUCCUGCUGCCUGUCUUCCUGCGAGUGGCUUCGUGGCAUUUCUUCCUGGGGGGGGUGGUUUUGACCUCCCUCCCUGUGCUGGCUCUGUGGUACUACUACCUCACUCACAGAAGGAAAGAACAGACUCUGUUUUUCCUGAGCCUCGGACUGUUCUCUCUGGGCUACAUGUACUACGUGUUCCUGCAGGAGGUCGUCCCCAGGGGGCGUGUAGGGCCCACUCAGCUGGCUCUGCUUACCUGCGGGUUACUUCUCAUACUCUUAGCCUUGUGGCGAGCCAAGAAGGAUCCAGGCUACCUCAGAAACCCAGCAAACGAUGACAGAUCUCUAAGCGGCAGCCAAACCGAAUACCUGAACAGAACAGGGCCGGAGAAGCCCAAAGGGUUCCCCGGCGCAGACCCAGCGGGCGGUCUCAACAACCGCGGGCCCAAGGAUGAGCCUAAGGGCUGUCCCAGGACGUUGGCCGGAAGCCCCGCCACGGGGAAGGAGGACUGGUGCGCCAAGUGCCGGCUGGUGCGGCCGGCCCGGGCCUGGCACUGCCGGAUCUGCGGUGUCUGUGUGAGGAGGAUGGAUCAUCACUGCGUCUGGAUAAAUAGCUGUGUCGGAGAAUCAAAUCAUCAAGCAUUUAUGCUUGCCCUUCUGGUCUUCCUCCUCACCUCGGUGUACGGGGUAACGCUGACCUUGGACACCAUUUGUACGGAUAGAAGUGUCUUCACAGCUCUCUUCUAUUGCCCUGGAGUUUAUGCAAAUUACAGCUCAGCUCUGUGCUUCACCUGCGUGUGGUACUCUGUCAUCAUCAUGGGGGGCAUGGCCUACAUCUUCCUGAUCCAGCUGAUAAACAUCAGCUACAACGUGACGGAGAGGGAAGUGCAGCAGGCCCUUCGACAGAAGACGGGGCGCCGGCUGCUCUGCGGGCUCAUCGUGGACACAGGCCAGUACAAUCGGGGCUUCCUGCGGAACUGGCACCAGUUCUCCACCCUGGGCACGCACCCCUUCCACCACCCUGCUGAGGACAUAGUAUGAAGUGCCUUCUGUACGGCUCUGGGGGCGGGAGGGCGUCUCCUCCCUCUGCUCCCUUGCAUCCUACACUUCGGUACGCGUGGGAUGCUUGCGUUUAUCCCCGGUUUCUUAAAGGCGUUAUAGGGCCAUGCUCAGGUUUAGGCACUGGACUGGGAAGAAAUGAAUUUUUCUGACUUCACCAUUUAAGGGAUUUUUAUAUCAAAGCAGUAAAAGUAGAGCCAUUCCUUUCCAGUCACCUUAUUAACUAACUCAGUCACCAGAAGUUGAAAAGGAUGUGGAUUGCUAAUGCAGAAAUUGAUAGAAGCAAUUGCCACCCAUUAGUAUGGGAGAAAGAGUUUUGGAUUAGGGUAGUUUCUAGUCCCUCUUUCAACUCCUAAUAGCCAUGCGACCCUCGGUCAGGUCACUUCCCUGAGUCUCAGGUUCAUUUGUCAAGUGGGGUACUGAUGCUGCCCUGGCUACCUCACAGAGCGGUUGUGCGGGGGGACACGGGAGGGUCACGAGAGGGAUGCGGUAUGUGGAAAGCACUGAAAAACAACGAAAAACUAAAGCACCAGAGAGGUGUGAAUUAUUAUUAGGAGACUCCUAAGACUGGAAAAAAUAUUUCAGGUCAGAAUAUUGAAGCCAGUCCAUUUUCAGCAUUUCAGAGUGAAAAAACGAUCCCCAAAUACCAUAUGGUACGGUUAUGGGGAUUUCUCUUUCUGAAGUAUUAGACAUUAACUACUCAAACAGGGUAGAAGACGACCAAAUGGAUUUACGCUGUCAUCUGAUCUUGAAAGUUGAUAAUGAUUACGAGCCUAAUUAUUGCUAGUGAAUGCACAGUGAUCAUGAGUUUAGGUGAUGAGUUCUUACAUUGAUCUUAUUUCUUAUGGAUUUAUUCUGUUUGGAUUUACUCUAAGUAACUCCAGUAGGCAUCAGUGUUUUUUUCCUCUUCCCACGUGUUGCCUGGUCAGGUGCUAGCACACUUGCGACAAUGGCUGGACGAGAACAGACACUCCUAUCGGGAAGAUUUUACUCUCUUUGUGGGUAGGGUGGCUGGUUAAUGUCAAGAGCUUGACUUUCUUGUUGAUAUAAGUGAUUCAGGCACUGUCAGUAAUAGCACCAAGUUGCAAAAGCCAGUAUUCUGGUGUUCACAUUAUUCUGGCAUGAGCUCUCUGAGGGGCUGAUUGACGUCUUCCCACUUAACUUGCACAUUACUUCUCAUUCACCUUUCCCAAGAUAAAAGUAUCUCACUAGGAGAGAAGAAACAGGGUAUAUGUGGUUUCCACUAAUUAAUAGAUUACUGUUCUUCCCUGGCUCUUCCUAAAUUGUUUCUUUAAUCCUACCUCAAAACGGAAAACGUGUAAAGGAUUAAAUAUUUAGCGAUUCUGGCAUAGAAUUAAGAUGAGGCAACUUAACAUGGGGAAAAAUACCCUCUUGAAAUACUUGGUUUUGUACCUGAACUUGUUUUUGGAACCCCAAAGAAUUCAUGAGCCCUUACAUUUGUUUUGGCUGAUAGCUUAAUAUAGGGAAAAUACCGCCAGCUUUUUCAGUCAGUCCUUCUGUGCAUGCUGCUGUGGCAAGAGGUUUAUAAAGGUCGAGAAGAAAUAUUGCUACUUCUACAGCAUUGCCACCCUUUGCAGCUGGGACCGUCCCUAGUCCUGCUAUUAAUCGAGGCUGUCCUUAAGACAGGCAUCACAUUUUUAUACAGGCUUGUCGUUGCUCUCCCUAGAGAUGGAUUGUUUACUGAACGAUAGGCUCCGUAUUCCACUAGGAUGAGCCAAAGAGCAAGUCUGGGGAUGUUAGCAGAGUCUGUGGUGUGUACAGUGGUACCCUGUCCCUGGUCCAGAAUCAAGCAUUUAUUUGCAGUUAACAUUGGAGGCGAUGUAACGAAUUCCUCUUUGUGUGGGUUGGAGGUGAGAGAGAGAGAGAGUAAUGAUGUCAGGGACAGCACAUGUGGCCAGAAAUCUCUGCUUUUAGUCUCCUGAAUGCCAGAUGUAUAGCCAACUCUGAUUGUCUAGCAAUUGAUAAUAAAAUUCAUAGAAAUGUUAAUAUAGUCAGUAACCUUGGCCUCUUGCCAAAUCUUUAACCACAAUCAAAAUAUGAUGCGCUGAAGCUGAGGAGUACCCUAAAGACCAGAGUCAUCUGGGAGAGUAAGGAAUGACCAUCAUCCUUGUAACAGUGCACCCCUAACAGGGUUACCUGGAUGGGGCAACUCACGGUUUCCCUCACUCAGAUAAGAACUCCUUGUAUAUUAUUCUGGCUGAUUGGAACUCAGGUGCUUGUUUGAAGUUGAGAACUUCAUGGUUGGCAGUUUACAGAAGAAAGCUCAACCCUUUGAAAAGCUCCGUGGUUCUGCGGAGGUAAAAGCCUACUGAAGUAUUUGCACCAAGGCGCUAUAUAUGUGAGCAGUUUCUGUGGACUCUGGGAUAUCCUUGGUCUCUACUCCUGGACUUUCAACCCUUUUUAGGGUCUGGAGCUAUUUGAGGGAUUUCGUCCUUUUAAAGGACAAGGCCUCUGGGAACAAAUGAGUCCCAGGCGCAAGUGGUGGUGGCGGCUGGGAGGAUUGCCCUGCGGACCUGUAACUGCAGUUUCUUGGCCGUAGGAGCAGGCCCGCCCCGACGUAUUUCAGAUAAGUGCGUCCCCCCCUUUCACCCCACAUCCUCAGUUUCUGUUAAACAUACUGGAUAUGGAGUUGAGUAAAUGAUCUGCUGUAGUCUGACCACUUACGUUACUGUCAUGCCACGGUACACUCUUCCCGGGGGAGAGAAAUGGGUCCACUUGAAAGAUGUGAGGGAGAAAUAGUUGAGAAUCAGGAUUGCACGAAGGGAGAAAAUCCUUCAGUAUUUAGAAAUGUUUCUUACGCCACCCAAAGAGUACUUUGUGACUAUAGCUGGGCACACCUAAGGUGAACUGACCCCUGACAGCGGCCCUUUGGUGGGCUCCUCUGAUGCUGCCGAAUCAAGCCUGAAGCGUGUUCUGGGGACGCGGGGCUGCUCCUCUCACGUCAGCCACCUGCGUGUCUGUUUUUAGGAUCCUGUAAAUCUUUGCUCUCCAAGUACUGGUGGUCCCCUUUGGUGAAUGAAGUAAAUGUUGUCUUCCACUGUACCAUCUGCCUAGCAGAAAGACUGUUACAAACUUUCUCUUAUGCAACAGUCCUUGGUACUUCUAAAAUUUUUAGCAAGAGAAAAUUUUCUAUAAUAGAAUCUUCCACUGCCAGAAAACACAAUGCUGGUAAGGUUCUCUGUAAUAGUGACCAUCUGCUUAAUAGACUGUUUCCUUUGGGUAGGACAUUAGCUUUUUAUUAUAAAACGCAACUAAGCAAAAAUAUGACAUCUAGAAGCACAGUUUUAACCAGGAUGUUUGAAAAUUAAGGUUCUGUGAGGUUUAAGCGUCCCGGUCAGCAGGUUUAUAUGACUUCACUUUUAGCUAUAUUUUGGUACCCUGCAUAUUAAAAAGGAGCAGUUCCUCAAACAAGCAAUGGAUGAUAGAGACUUUUGCGUGAGGCACCUGUUUGGAAUCUGGUUUUCUCAUCAGCAGCUUGACAAGUAUGCCAUUCUGUAUUACACAUCGCCAAGGUGAUGCAGGGGGAGAACGAGAGCCAUGCUUAACUGAUCGCUGAAUAAAAUGCGGUAUGCUCUUGUGGAUGUUUGUUGUGAUUAAUAUAAACGUUUUGCAAAAUCAGCUACAUUCAAUCCUGUUUCUAAUGGACAGUUAUCCCCACUUCAGUUGGCACUAAGGGUUUCACCGUAGUAUCAGCAGCAGGCCAGAGACUGAAUGGUUUAGUGGAGACACAUUCCUUAGAGGUUGUGACUGUUUAUGGGAUGGGCUUGUGACGCUCCUAGCUAGCCUUCCCGAUGGCACCAUUAUCUUCUAGAAAACUCAUACUUUAAAAGCAAACCUUUAAAAGCAGAGCUAGUCUAUUCCAGUUAUCGAUGCAACUAAAAUCCUCUAUUUCUUCACAUGGCGCCCCUGACAAGAUGCCGGGUUACAGAGCUCAGCUUGUCGCGAUCCCGUGGUCUAGGUGAUUGGCCGGUUGGAGUUGUUGGCGCCUCUGAGCCUUUUCGUCUGAUUACGUUUCUGGGUCUGAUGUUAGACUAGAGGAAACCCAGGAAAAUUUAUUUAGUAUUAAAUUUAACGUAACUGAUUCAGCAACGUUAAAGGGGACUUGUGAAGCCAACACUGGACGCUGCGGGCUAAACGUUUUGCACUGUUUUUAUACUUGUAUUCAUAUCCUCUUAUCACCUCAGACUCAGACACAAGGCCUUUUAAGUGGAGAUUUUAAAAAUUACUGCCAUUUAUGUAAAAUAACGUACUGUGACCAAGUUGUUUAAAUGGAAAAUA